AUGGCUUCGACUAAUCAAGAUCGUCCCCAGUGGACAGCUGAUCGUGUGCGGGAAACCUUCUUGGACUACUUCAAAAAAAGGGGGCAUACGUUUGUUCCCUCCUCUUCUGUUGUGCCACUUUCAGACCCUACUCUGCUUUUCACAAAUGCUGGAAUGAAUCAAUAUAAGUCAAUCUUCUUGGGAACCGUCGAUCCGCAGUCUGAUUUCGCACACCUGAAGCGUGCUGUCAAUUCGCAAAAAUGCAUCCGUGCAGGUGGUAAACACAAUGACCUGGACGACGUGGGGAAGGAUGGUUAUCAUCAUACUUUCUUUGAAAUGCUGGGGAAUUGGAGUUUCGGUGACUAUUUUAAGGAAGAAGCUAUCAGCUACUCCUGGGAGCUGCUGACUAAAGUCUAUGGCCUGGACCCAGACCGACUAUACGUUACUUAUUUUGAAGGAAGUGAAGCCGGUGGCUUGGAACCUGAUUUGGAGGCUAGAGACAUUUGGAGAAAGGUUGGAGUCGCUGACGAUCACAUCCUCCCGGGCAAUAUGAAAGAUAACUUCUGGGAGAUGGGCGAUCAAGGCCCCUGUGGACCUUGCAGUGAGAUCCAUUACGACCGGAUUGGUGGCCGUAAUGCUGCCCAUCUCGUCAACCAGGAUGAUCCAGACGUCCUAGAAAUCUGGAACAAUGUCUUCAUUCAAUAUAACCGUGAAGCGGACCGAUCUUUACGGCCCCUGCCUAACAGACAUGUUGACACAGGCAUGGGUUUUGAACGGCUUGUUUCCAUACUUCAGGGAAAAUCAUCCAAUUAUGAUACAGACGUCUUUUCGCCUCUAUUUAAGACUAUUCAGGAUGUCACCGGCGCCCGGGAAUAUCGAGGUCGCUUUGGAGCCGAUGAUCCUGAUGGCAUUGAUACUGCUUACCGUGUGGUGGCGGACCACGUAAGGACUCUGGCAUUUGCGAUAUCUGAUGGAGCUAUUCCAAACAGCGAAGGUCGGGGUUACGUUGUUCGCCGGGUAUUACGAAGAGGAGUUCGUUAUGCUCGGAAGUAUUUUAGGGUCGAGAUUGGCAGCUUCUUCUCCAAGAUCGUGCCGACUCUCGUCGAGCAGAUGGGCGGUAUGUUCCCAGAGCUAAGGAAGAAGCAAACUGAAGUUAUGGAAAUACUGGAUGAGGAAGAAAUAUCGUUCUCCAAGACAUUGGAUCGGGGCGAGCGGCAGUUCGAACAUUACGCUCAACAGGCGAAGGCGAAGGGUCUUGACAAGCUGCACGGCGCCGAUGUUUGGAGGUUAUAUGACACAUUCGGAUUUCCUGUCGAUUUGACUCAAAUCAUGGCUGAGGAACGGGGUCUGCGGAUCGAUAAUGCGGAGUUUGAAGAAGCACGAUUGAAAGCCAAGGAGGCCAGUAGGGGAUUGAAGCAAGCCGCAGCGGAUACUGUCAAACUCGACGUUCAUGACCUUGGAAAACUGGAGAAGAUGACCGACGUUCCGAAGACAGAUGACAGGGCCAAAUUUGAACAGGGAAAUAUCACUUCUCAAAUCAAAGCUAUCUACUAUCGCAAGCAAUUUGUUCAAUCGACGAAGGACGUUCCCCCGGGCGAACAACUUGGCAUCAUUCUUGACCGUACCAAUUUUUAUGCAGAACAAGGUGGUCAGGAAAACGACACUGGGAGGAUCAUCAUUGAUGGGGAGGCAGAACUUGAAGUGGGUGAUGUCCAAUCUUACGCUGGCUAUGUCCUUCAUACGGGUUUCAUGAAAUAUGGUUCAUUCACUGUCGGCGACUCUGUGAUUUGCGAGUACGAUGAACUUCGUCGACGGCCGAUUAGGAACAACCAUACUGGAACGCAUAUUUUGAAUUUCGCUUUGAGAGAGAUCCUUGGGGAUGGCGUAGACCAAAAGGGCUCUCUAGUUGCAGCUGAGAAGCUUCGGUUUGACUUCUCCCACAAAUCUGCGGUUACGGACGAUGAGCUUGACAAAAUCGAGAAGAUAUCGACGGAGUACAUCCGCCAGAAUUGCACAGUUUAUGCUAAAGAAAUUCCUUUAGCGACAGCUCGGGAGAUUACAGGGGUCCGUGCUGUGUUUGGAGAAACAUAUCCUGAUCCUGUGCGCGUGGUCUCUGUUGGCGUCGAACUCGAAGAGAUACUCAAGAAUGUCAAGGAUCCACGCUGGAGAGGGGUAAGUAUUGAAUUUUGCGGUGGGACCCAUGUUCAAAAAACCGGCGAUAUCAAAGAUCUAGUCAUUCUUGAAGAAACCGGCAUCGCCAAAGGGAUCCGUCGUAUAACUGCUGUAACCGGAGAAGAUGCCCACGAGGUGCAGAGAGUGGCGAGAGAAUUUGAAGCACGGUUGGACAAUCUUGAAGCAAUGGAACUGGGUCCUCAGAAGGAGCUGGAAGCAAAGAAGGUUCAAACCGAACUCAACCAACUUUCCAUAUCGGCGGUACAGAAGGCAAAGUUUCGGGACCGUUUUGCCCAGAUCAAUAAACAGGUAAUCGAGGGUCAGAAAGCUCAGCAAAAGCUUGAAUCUAAGAAGGCCCUCGACACUAUAACAUCAUUUUUCCACUCUCCUGAAAACAAAGACCGGUCGUGGCUUGUUGCGAAGCUCCCAAUAUCAGCGAAUUCAAAAGCUGUGAGUGAGUCACUGAAUUAUGUCAAAUCAAAGUUGAGCGACAAAUCUGUGUACUUGCUUGCUGCGGAUCCUCAGCAGGGAAAAGUCGCUCAUGGGUGUUACGUAUCUAAGGUUGCCAGUGACCUAGGAGCAUCAGCGAGCGAUUGGGCGGGCGUUGUUUCAGGCGUAGUAGGAGGCAAGGCCGGAGGGAAGGCUCCUACAUGCAUUGGCAAUGGCACCAAUGUUGAUAAAGUUGAUGAAGCAAUUGCCGCCGCCACGGAAUAUUUGAAAAAGUUUCACUUGUAG